ACGUUAAUAAUAGAGUUCAUUUGAUAUAAUUAUUGUUAUGUACACAAUUCACUAAUGCAGCUAGAAAGAAAAAUAGUAUGCAGGAUGGGAUCAUUUUUAUGACCUUGACAAGGUGCAACGUGCAUCAAUCGGUUGGAGAUGGAGGCUGACCACCAACGUGGCGUCAUAGGACCUAGCGUCAUGCAGACAAUUACGAGAACUUCCCACUAAGAAGUCCAGUUGGCGCGCAAUGGAUUUUGCUCCAGCGUCUUCCAAUCUCCGUCCCUUUGAAGAGACAGAGAGAGAGAGAGAGAGUCUUGGGGCGUUUCAGAGAACGCCAUGGAGAAUCCUGGGCUGAAGAGAAUGCUCAGCAUGAGAGAGCAGAUCAAGGUCUCUCUCUAUUCUCACCGGAACGAUCUCGCUUACCUCCUUUCCAGAUAUGUAGAUCAAGGUAAGGGUAUUCUACAACCGCAUCAUCUGGUUGAUGAGCUUGAAAGCACGAUUCCUAUUGAUGAUGAGCUAAAAGGCCUUAGUGAUGGAUCUUUCAAGGAUGUCUUGAGUUGCACGCAGGAAGCUAUAGUUUUACCUCCAUAUGUUGCGAUGGCCAUCCGACCAAGGCCUGGAGUUUGGGAAUUUGUACUUUUUAACUUUCAUGAGCUUAAUGUGGAACAAUUGAAUAUAGCGGAGUAUUUGAGGUUCAAAGAACGCCUUGAGGAUGAAAGCUUUGAAGACAAUUACGUGAUGGAAUUGGACUUUGGACCAUUUAAUAGUUCAUUUCCUCGUCCAAGCCAGCCAUCAUGGAUUGGAAAUGGUGUACAAUUCCUUAACCGUCAUCUUUCAUCGAGAAUGUUUCAUGAUUCCAGUUCCAUGGAGCCUUUGCUCGAUUUCCUUCGAGCACACAAGUAUAAAGGACAUGUGUUGUUGGUAACGGACAGAAUAAAGACCUUGGCCAGUCUUCAGUCAGCCCUCUCGAAGGCAGAGGAAUGUCUGUCUAAGUUUUCCUCUGAUGUACCAUUUUCUGAAUUUGAGUAUAAAUUUCAGGAACUGGGUUUAGCAAGGGGUUGGGGUAACACAGCUCAAUCAGUUUUGGAGAUGGUCCGAUUACUUUUGGAUAUACUACAAGCACCUGAUCCGUCAACUUUAGAGGCAUUUCUUGGAAGGAUCCCUAUGGUGUUUAAUGUUGUGAUCCUUUCUCCUCAUGGAUACUUCAGCCAAGCAAAUGUUCUAGGCCUGCCAGACACUGGUGGACAGGUUGUUUAUAUACUGGACCAAGUUCGCGCUUUAGAGACUGAGAUGAUUAGUAGAAUAAAAAAGCAAGGGCUGAAUGUUAGUCCGAAAAUACUUGUGGUGACUAGGUUGAUACCUGAUGCUAAAGGGACAACAUGUGGCCUACGUCUUGAAAAAAUAACUGGAACUCAGCAUGCACAUAUUCUGCGGGUGCCUUUCAGAACAAAGAAUGGGAUUCUCCGGAAGUGGAUUUCAAGGUUUGAUGUGUGGCCUUACUUAGAGAAAUUUUCAGAGGAUGCAGCCAGUGAAAUUGCUGCAGAGUUGCAAGCUUCACCAGAUUUGAUUGUUGGCAACUACAGUGAUGGAAAUCUUGUGGCGUCUUUGCUAUCUCACAAACUAGGAGUUACACAGUGCACCAUUGCACAUGGACUUGAGAAAACAAGGCAUCCAGAUUCAGAUAUAUAUUGGAGAAAAUAUGAUAACAGAUAUCACUUUUCUUGCCAAUAUACUGCUGAUCUAAUUGCCAUGAACAGUUCUGAUUUCAUUAUCACUAGCACAUUCCAGGAGAUUGCAGGAAGCGAUGAUGUUAUUGGACAAUAUGAGAGCUAUUGUGCAUUUACUCUUCCUGGAUUGUACAGAGUUAUUAAUGGCAUUGACGUUUUUGAUCCUAAGUUCAAUAUUGUAUCUCCUGGCUGCGACAUGUGCAUUUAUUUUCCUUACUCAGACAAGCUAAAGCGGUUAACCACACUGCAUGGAGCAAUCCGGAAGCUGCUAUAUAGUUCAGAACAAAAUGACGAAUACUUUGGUACGUUGAGUGAUCCGUCAAAGCCAAUCAUCUUUUCCAUAGCAAAGCUUGACAGAGUGAAGAAUAUAUCUGGAUUAGUGGAGUGGUAUGGUAAGAAUACCAAAUUAAGGGAGCUUGUUAACCUUGUCGUUGUUGCUGGUCACCAUGAUGUAAAGAAAUCUAAUGACAGUGGGGAGAUUGAAGAAAUUAACAAGAUUCAUCAUCUUAUAGAAAAGUAUAAAUUGGAUGGUCAAUUGCGGUGGAUAUGCUCUCAGAUGAACAGGGUGCGCAAUGGUGAGCUGUAUCGUUGUAUAGCUGACACAAAAGGUGCAUUUGUGCAGCCUGCCUUUUAUGAAGCAUUUGGGCUUACAGUUGUGGAGGCCAUGACAUGUGGUCUGCCAACUUUCGCCACCUGUUAUGGAGGACCUGCUGAGAUCAUAGAACAUGGCAAAUCUGGUUUCCAUGUUGAUCCUUAUCAUCCGGAUGCUGCUGCUGAACUGAUGGCAAACGUUUUUGAGAAGUGCAAGACAAAUCCAGGAUACUGGGAUGAAAUAUCUGCAGGGGGUUUACGACGCAUUCAUGAAAGAUACACAUGGAAGAUAUACUCCGAGAGAUUAAUGACCUUGGCUGGGGUUUAUGGAUUCUGGAAGCAUGUUUCUAAGCUUGAAAGACUUGAGCUGAAGAGAUAUCUGGAGAUGUUUUAUGUCUUAAAAUUUCGUGAGCUUGCAAAUUCUGUCCCACGUGCAGCUGAGGAUCGAGCAUGAUGAACAGGAGAAAGAGUGAAGUUAUACUUCUUACUGCUGCUUGACAAUUUGGAAGCUGCUCUGCACUAUUCAUUCCAUUCACAGAUCCGCCCAACCUUUUUAGAGCAGCAAACCUUGUCUUGUUUGUUUAUUAUGUGUCUAAAUUGAUGGAUCGAGACUUGGUUUCCUCUUUUCCAUUACAAGAACUCAAAAAGUCGUAAUAAAGCUUAAGGUUCCUUGUGUA